GUAGCAAGUAGUAGAAGCAACCCCCUUCUCUCCAAGUUCUAACCCCCUUCAAGCCUUUCUGAAAGGAACCCACUUCAAAUCAGAAAGAAAGAUCCAAACUUUGUGCAUCUCUCUCCCAUUUUCUAACCCGCUCCCUUUUUUUGGGUUGUGUCCUAAUCUGCCCAGUCUCUUUUGAUGUGUGCAAAGCUUCCCCUGUUGUGAUGCAAUUAUGUGAAUGCAAGGUGGUGGUGUGACAUGGAGAGGAGGAGAAGGGUUGGCAUUGUUGGAGCUGGACCAAGUGGACUCCUAGCCUGCAAGUAUGUCCUCGAGAAAGGGUUCGAUCCGGUCGUGUUCGAGGCCGAGGGCGACGUGGGUGGGAUCUGGUCACACACGAUCGCAUCCACGAGGCUUCAGAACAAGCGAAGUACGUACCGGUUCACAGAUUUCCCCUGGCCCGAGUCGGUCAGCGACGUGCAUCCACCACACAGUGAGGUUCUCGCAUACAUGAAGUCGUAUGCUAGCCAUUUCGGAAUUUACCAACACAUCAGGUUUUGGUCCAAGGUGGUUGGAAUAGACUAUGUUGGUGAGUCAUUUGAGGAGAUGAAGUCUUGGGUUGUUUGGGGUGGGAGUGGGAAGCCCUUUGGUUCAUUGUCACCAUCUAAAGGGAAGUGGCAGGUUAGAGUUCAGGAUGUCAGGAAUUCAAGUGUUGAGGUUCAUGAAGUUGAAUUUUUGAUUCUUUGCAUUGGGUUGUAUAGUGGGUACCCAAACAUCCCAGAUUUCCCUCCAAAUCAAGGCCCUGAGGUUUUCAAGGGCAAAGUGGUCCAUUCAUGGGACUACUCAACAAUGGGUAGUGAGAAGGCAGCUGAGUUUGUGAAAGGGAAGAGAGUUGCCAUUAUUGGCUCUCAGAAGACUGCAAUUGACAUUGCUGCAGAAUGUGCCAAGGCAAAUGGACCUGAGUUUCCUUGCACAAUGAUCCAAAGAACAACUCACUGGACAAUCCCAAGUGAGACUUUGCUAGGGAUCAACAUUGGGUUCUUGUACUUGAACCGCUUCUCAGAGUUCUUGAUUCACAAGCCUGGUGAAUCACUCCUUCUCAGCUUGUUAGCCACAUUCCUCACACCACUGAGAUGGGGAAUCUCCAAGAUGAUAGAGUUCUACCUGAGAUGGAAGCUUCCACUGAAGAGACAUGGGAUGGUUCCAAAGCUCAGCUUCUUCCAGGACGUGUCCUCGUGCCACAUCUGCAUGUUGCCCGACAAGUUCUACGACAAGGUGGAAGAAGGAAGCAUCGUCAUCAAGAAAUCCAAAACCAUAAGAUUCUGCGAGAAUGGCGUCUUGAUCGACGAAGAAGGUCAAUCGGAGCCUGUCGUGGAAGCAGACGUGGUGAUCCUGGCGACAGGUUACAGGGGCGACCAUAAGCUCAGAGACAUCUUCGAUUCCCCUGCUCUGCAGAAAACCAUCUCUGGGUCUUCUUCCAUUGUCCCACUCUACAGACAAGUGAUCCAUCCUCGGAUCCCGCAGCUGGCAGUGAUCGGCUACGCGGAGAGCCUAUCGAGCCUGUACGCGACGGAGAUCAGGUGCCAGUGGCUGGCGGAGUUUCUCGUGGGGAAAUUCGAGCUUCCAAGUGUGAGCAAGAUGGAGGAGGAAGUGAGCAUUUGGGAGAGGUUCUUGAGGAGGCACAGUGGAGGGAAAUCAAGGAGGGCAUGUAUAAGCAACAUCCACAUAUGGAACAAUGACCAGUUCUGUAAGGACAUGGGGUUCCCUACUAGGAGGAAGAAAGGGUUCUUGAGGGACUUGUUUAUGCCAUAUGGACCUAGUGAUUACACUGGUCUUCUAGCUGACUGAAAAAUUCAUAAGGGUCCCUUUUUCCUCUACUAAAGGUUCAAUCUUUUGGCAUUUUAAAGGGGGGAAAGUGGUGAUAAGAAAAGGAAAGAUGUGUGUUAUGUGUAAGUGUAAGUGUUUGGUGAUUUUUUUGUACACAUCAAAUUGUACUUGUUUUUAGCUUCUUUGUUUUUUUUAAUGUAUAAUAGGAGGAGAUUAGUGUAUGAGUGUAUGAACCAAUCCACCAAAAAGAAGAGAAAUACCCAAGUGUUGGAAAGGGUUGAUGCAUUUUUUUUUUGCUUUCCCUUGUUUUUGUAAGUUUUUAAAGAGCCAAAUAGAUGUGGCCAAUGUUUAGAUUAUUUAAGAAUUAAGCUCACUUGUAAUAGCAUUUAAAAAAUGAACAGUUUAAAAGUGAUUUCUUGUA